UGCCUGGGCUGUCUCCUAACCUGUGCCUUUGUUUUGCAGUCCCACUCCAUGGACUUUGAUGACACCUGGCACCCGGCCACUCACCCUUCGGGGGCCGUCCUGCCAGCCCUCCUGGCCGCCUCCCAGAUGCUACCGGCCUCCUCCAGGCCCUCUGGCCGUGACUUCCUCCUGGCCUUCAACGUGGGCAUCGAGGUCCAGGGACGGCUCUUGCGCUUCUCCCGAGAGGCCAGCAACAUCCCAAAGAGGUUCCACCCUCCCUCCGUGGUGGGCACUCUGGGCAGUGCUGCAGCGACCGCCAAGCUCCUCUCCCUUGAUGCUGCCCGGUGCAGCCAUGCUUUGGCCAUCGCGGCCUCGUUGGCCGGGGCGCCCAUGGCCAAUGCUGCUACCUCAGCCAAGCCCUUCCAUGUUGGCAAUGCCACGCGCCUGGGGCUGGAAGCCGCGCUAUUGGCUGCCCGGGGGAUUGAGGCCAAUCCCUGCAUCCUGGAUGAUGUCCCUGGUUGUGCUGGGUUCAGCGCUUUCUAUGGCGACUAUGAUCCCAGGCCACUGGCCCUGCAGCCGGAGGGCCAUGAGUUCCUCCUCGAGGAACAGGACAUCGCCUUCAAGAGCUUCCCGGCCCAUCUGGGCAUGCACUGGACGGUGGAAGCUGCCCUCUCAGCCAGGAACCUCUUGGUCAAUCAUUAUGGGCGUUUCUCUCCCUCGGACGUCCGCACCAUCAUCCUGAGGGUACCCGUCUCCAAGUACAUCAACCGGCCCUUCCCCGAAUCGGAGCACGAAGCCCGGCACUCCUUCCAGUUCAACGCCAGCACAGCCCUUUUGGACGGCGAGGUGGGCAUCUCCUCCUUCCAUGACCACCAGAUCCGGCGCCCGGAGCUGGCCCAGCUCCUCUCCAAGGUGGUGGUGGAGCACCCAGAGGACAACCCGGCCAGCUUUGAGAAGAUGUACGCGGAGGUGGCCCUGGUCCUGCAAGAUGGGGACGUCCUGACGGGGCGAUGCAACACCUUCUACGGCCACUGGAGGAGGCCCCUGAGCAGGGAGUCGCUCCUGAGGAAGUUCCGGUCCAACGCUUCCCAGGUGCUUCCCGAAGACAAGGUCGAGAGCAUCAUCCAAAUAGUGGAUGACCUGGAAAGCCUUCCUGACAGCGCAUUGCUGGCCUCUUGCUUGUAG